AUUGUACAAAUAAUGUGGCCGCCAUAGGGGGUUCUCCGUUAACCGCACUCUAUGCAUGUCGAUAAAGAGGAGCAAAGAAUUCUUUAGUCAAAAACAUUACAAUCUAUAAUUUAUAUUAUGUGAUAUUUGUUUAUUAUACGUAUCAUAUAACGUUGGUGACGGAUGUAAAUUGAUCGUGUGUUUCUGAGGAAAAAUUGACAAAUAUAUUGUAAUGGUCAUUUUUAUAUACAAUAUAAUUCUAAAUAAUAGCUGUUUCGUAUAUUACAUUUGGGACUUGUUGGGCAAAAUGUAAUUUUAUUUACAUUGACCCAAUACUGUAUUUGUUUCAACGGCCGGUUUAAAAAUGCUCCCGUAAUUCGUAUCCAACAUUUAUUUUAACAUGCAUAUAGAAUUCAGACUGCAUUAAGAGUAAUAUAAUCUCUCAACAAGUUUAACAUACUCAAAAGUACAUGGCAAAAUCCUGGUAUAAUAGAAAAAAAUUAACAAGGAUACUUUUUUCCAUUCAAACAGGCCACUCUAAAACUAAUACAUAAUGUUUAAGUCAACUACUAUAUUAUCAGAAAAUUUUCCAAUUAAUGUUAUAAGCCUUGAAGGUAAUAUUACAGAUGUUUUCGUAAAACCAAGCUUUACAAUAGGGGAAAUCAAAACAAUUGCAAUUAAUCAUUUUUAUGGUCAUGAUACAGCAAAAAUGCUAUUGCAAUUUCGUUUAAUUCAUUCAUCUAAGUUCACGCAGCUUGUAGAUGACCAUAACAUAAAUGAUGAAAAAAUUAAUAAAUAUGACACGUUAAUAUUAGUAGAAAUUCGUACAAUACCUGUAAAAGAAAACUUGUUUGAAGAUGCUUUAAAAGGUCCAAAUGAAGAAGCGAUAUUGCAAGUAACCAAUAAUUUACCAGUACGUAAUCCACCUCGACCUAUUUCAUCCAUUGAAUGUCCUGCAGAUUUUCAGAAUGAAGUACAGAAAAUCUUAAUAACGCUUGUGAAAGCAUCAGCAAAGAUUCUAAUGCAUAGCUCGGAAACACAAAAGUUUUAUAAUAUUUUAAAAGAGAAACUGAAAGCAAGAUGUAAACCAACUAUUGAUCCAAAUGCUGUAGACACUCUUAUGAAAAUGGGUUAUUCGCAUACAAAAAUUCUGAAAGCUCUUCGUUUACGAAAAUCAAAUUUAAUAGAAGCAUUGGGGUGGUUAAUGGAACAUCAAAAUGAUCCAGAUGAUGAUGAUUAUGAUGAUGAUUUAGACCUGGUAAGUAAUGAAAAAGAUAAUUAUAAGUAUGUUGCAGAUCCCAGUUCACCUACUAGUGCAAAAAAGAAAUCUUUUAAAGAUGCGUGUAUUGAAUUAUUUAAAGGAGAAAGUCAAAAUUUGAAGAAUGAUGGGAACUUAAUCGAAAUGGGAUUCGAAGAAAAUAGUAUUAUUGAUGCGCUAAAAAUUACUGGAAACAAUCAAACUAAUGCAUGUGAAUGGUUGCUUGGAGAACGAAGACGUAGUUUACAGGAUUUAGGUGAAGGGCUUGAUCUUCAAGGUCCAAUUUAUAAAGCAAUCAUUAAUAAUCCGCAUAUUCAGCUUAGUCUUACAAAUCCUAAAAUGUUACUAGUGUAUUUAUCUAUAUUGGAGACACCAACAUCUAUGAAUGUCUGGAUUAAUGAUCCUGAAGUAUCACUAAUCAUUAAUCGAAUACAUAGAAUAUACCAUGCUGAAAAAUAUGCCAUUCAAAUGAAUCGAUAUGCAGCUAAUUAA